AUGAUUUCAUACGUGGAGUGUCUGGGUGGUGAGGGGGCGGGGCCUGGUGUGGGGUCGCGCUGCUGGAACACGGACCCUGAUGAAGAGCGAGAUGAGCUUCUUCCACGCAAGAUGGCCGCCCUGCAGCCCAAGACGGGGGGCAGCCUGCGUCGGCGCCUUCUCAGCGCCAGAAUCCACCAGCACCACGACGCUAUCUAUGGGCUGAAUGCAGGUGGUGGCGGCAGGCUGGGGGCGCCCUCAGGUGGCAAAAAGCCCCUCCCACCUCACCCCCAGUAUCCAGGCAACAACCCUUGGUACCGCCACCAGCACCUUCCUUACGGACCGCACGUUCACCCUUCUCUUCCCCCGGAGGCUCAUGGGAAACCUUUCCUUGCUCCAGAAUCUUAUGCAAAACCCAACCCGCAGUCCCCGCCCCUUCAUGUGCCGCGCUCCAGUGUCCUCACCCAUUGGAGCCGGACUGCUUCUAGCCCGCCGACUCCGGAGCCCCGGCCCGGCUACACCCUGCACAUCCCCUCGCCUCUCACCACCUCACCCUCCUUCAGUGAACCGGAAGUGCCACCACAGUACCGUUACCGGCCCACCAAGACCCGCCGGACUGGAAUCUUCUCCUUAAGACCACGGCGAGGACGAAGCACUGGUCUGGAUGCCACGCAGACCACGCCCCUUCUGCAAAAAGCAGGGGACAAAGACAGUAGGUGGUCUGUUCACUACACUACCCAGAAGCCCCAGCAGGGUCUGCUCUUCAUCCCCGGGAAGAGACGAACAGGCAGCGCUGAUGAUCUGCAAGCAUGUAAUGGGCUGACUCAGCAUGGCUACAGCUCUCAGCCCCACCCACAGAGUCCGUCCUCCUCUGGGCUCGACCAAUCAGAGGGCAGCUCGAGACGCAGACGGUGGAGGGACAAGAGCAGGAAGAUGUCCUCAGCUUUCUCAGAUGAAGACGAGAGGUUCAUCUUGAACAACAUGCGACCUAUGACCCCACUGGUCCUCAACCCCGUCCACCCCACCUCCUGCUGGGAUGUCUUCGCUCCCGCCUACGAGCCAACAAUUGAUGUGGAGGUGGAGCCGAGCCCCCGGCUUCCAACACCGGAGGAGAGAAUGAGGCAGCAGGCCGAGACAGUCGCCGCUGACAUCGUCCCUAUCAAUGUCACAGGAGAAAGUUUUGAUCGUCAGGCCAGUUUUCGAAAGACAGCUUCCAACGCGGACUCAUUAUCCCGACGACCCCGCAACCUGAGCCGCCGUAAGACGGUUACUGGGGUUCCUAAUAAUGUCAGCCAGAAGACAGACUCACCUCCAGCCUCUUUGGUUCGUCCCACUCAGUCCUCCACAGUUGGUCGACCUGCCUCCUGCACACCUGACCACCAACAGAAUAACACAGAGACGGAGAAGGGAGGAGUCAGAGAGGAGGGGCAGUCAUCAGCGAGGAGGAUCCGAGCUCCAAGAGGAGAGGGGUUGUCCAGCCUCAUGGCCUCCCUGACCGCACCCUCCUGCCACAACCACUUCUCCUCAGGAGUUCACAACCUCCCCCGUCUGUCAACCAACUCCUCUCUUAGCUCUGAGGCCAGCUGUAACAGCACCUCCUACAGGACACUCAGCGCUUCCUCAUCUUGUUGCCAGGAGGGUUUCCCCAGCGACCUCCAGCCCUUGCUGCCCUUUGACCCCACUGCCAGAGUUAUCCCGCAGUCUCCUUCCUCCUCCUCCUCUUCUUUUCCUUCCUCCCCCAGCCAUGCCCUCCCAUCAGAUUGGUCUUACCCCAGAGAAACCCUGAAUGACGCUGCUCGAAGUUCCCCUUCCUCCUCCCACUACCUCUCCUGUUCCUCUCUCGCAGACUCAGAGUCUCAGUCUAGCUACCAGGCUCUGGAGGACCAGACCACCACCCAGCAGCAACGCUCCUACAACGGGGAGGCAUGGAGCUACCAGCCCCUCUCCCCCAGCUCCAGUGUCCACAGCAGCCAGACUGGAACUGACUGGAACAGCAUCACCCAGGAGAUGAGAUGUGUCUCUGGAGAAGACUUGAACUUUGAGCCCCUGCUCUCCUCUGGUUGCUCUACUCCAUCUCAGACUGACACCAACUCUUUGUGCUCAGAAAGAAUCACCUCCUCUCUCUCACUGAAUCGGGAGAAAAGGAAGCACAGCACUUCCUCCUCCUACUCUCGCAGUGUCACCCACAGCAUCUCUCUCUGCAAGUCCAAGCGGCCACCCGCUCCACCAUUGCGUUCUGACUCUCUGAGGCGUCGUCCAGGAAGGGGAAAGACCUCUCGCUCCUCCUCCAGUCCCCGUCUGGAGCAGAGUCCCCGUCUGGAGCAAAACUUCCAGCGGACACCCACAUCAUCUCCUCAGAUCUUCCAUGACCCCUGGGUGCCUAGGAGCAACACCAAGAGGCGCCCAAGUGGGUUUAACUGUGGGACAGUAACAACCUUUGAACCUUUAACCCCAGACUUCCAGGAGGCAACUCCAGUCGACUACCUUCCUCCUGAGCACCUCCCACCAAGCCCUGCCGACUCCCUUGCUCACGUCCCUGGAUCUCCAGGCUCAGAGGAGGAAGCACUGAGAUUCACUCUCAACCCUCAACCAGCUGCCUCCUCCGUGGCCGGGCUGCAGCGCCUUGCUUCGCCCUCCAGUGGCUACUCUAGCCAGUCCAACACCCCCACUCCUGGUACUCCUGUGUCAUCCCCUCUCACCCCCUCAUCCCCUCUCACAGCAAGCCCCGGAGCAUUCAACCUCCCCCCAAGCUCCCCCUUUUCCUCUUUGCCUCUUGCCGUCUCUUCCCUGCCCAGGACGAAGUGUCGGGAUGAAGGGAGGCCAAAGCCACCAGUGCCAGAGAGGAAGUCAUCACUGUUCUCCUCCCUGUCCUCCUCAUUUUCCUCCACCUCUUCCCUCUCCUCCUGCACCUCAUCGGACUCCUCUGCCAAGCAUCCUCUUCUUCCUGCUCCACCUCCUCCUCCUCCUCUACCAAAAUCUCCUUCACCUCCUGUCUUCUACUCUCACAUUCGCGAGUCUCCACCUUUCACCAGACUCUCUGCUGCUCCUCCACCUCCACCUUCAACUCUUCCUCCCCCCCCUCCUCCACCCCCACCUCCUCUCCCACCUUCAUCCCUACCGGUUCCUCCUCCUCUUCCUCCUCCCAUUCGGCCUCCUCCUCCUCCCUAUUCCUAUGCCAUCAGACAGACUUCCCACCAUGCUCUGGUGUCCAUGAUGUCAUCAUCAACCAACUUCCCUCCUCCCCCAACUUCCCCACCUCCUCCUCCAUCAGAACUCCUAGAAUUACCAUCUGCUAACCUUUCUCCUCCUCCUCCACCACCACCACCUCCUCCUCCUCUCCCUCCUCUCUCCCCAUCACCUGCCACCAUAUUCUCCCUGCCAGGCCUUGGACAGUCUCCAAACCGCUAUUGUAAAAUAGCCACGCCCCUCUCUCCCCUGGUCACUGCCCAAGCAUUGCAGGAUAUCAAGCUUCGCUCUGUCAAGAACGCCAUGCCAGCUAAUGUUGCAUCUACUAAUGAAGAUCUAUCAGGCAAAGAAGCUAAUCCAGCUGGCGCUGUCUUGGCUAAUGCUAAUCUUGAUAGCCGGGCCAAGAUAGAUGGAGCUGUGUGUGAUACAGUUAACAAUGAUGCUAACAUAACUAGUGCUUCAGUGGGUAAUGCUAGUUAUCAGAGCCCAGCCAACCUUGAUGCACAGAAACCUGGACCAACAUUAGAUCCCAAACUCACAAACAGUGAUGUGACGACGCCCAACGAUGAGUCAUCUGAUGAUAAUUGUCAGAGUCUACAGGGCGUUGUUGCUCGUUCAGCUACCAGGAGACACUCUUGGUCAAAGCUGAUAAAUGAUGGAACUCAGGACUUCCAGUACUAUGAACAAGAGAAGGGAGAUUCGGACAUGUAUGCUACACUGGCAAACAAUCCAGAAUCCAGUCCUGACAGCCCCUGGGUUAAACUGUCUCCAGCUACUGACAGAAAACACAUUAAUGAAACUAUCCAAUGUCCUACUUUACAACUACAACAACAACAACAGUUGACGGAUACAGUGUUAGCAAAUGCUGAGCUGACUGAGUCUGCAGAAAAACUGGAGAGUGCUGAGGAUGUUUGGCACACAGACUCUUCAUACUGGACCCUCUCUGGAACAAAACAAGAGUCUCUUGGAGAAAGCAGAACAAUACUGUCAGAGAGCAAAGACAAAGAGGAGACAAGCGACAAGAUUAAUUCAAAAAGGUGGAGUCACAGUGCAGCUGACAGAGUAUCCACACCAUACAGUGAUUUAAAACAGAGGAACAGGGUCUGUAAGCCGGGUAGCCCGAUGAAGCUCCGCUCCCCAGAGAAGCCGAUCCUGCCAAAGAAGCCUGAUCUUUGCAUUCUGGGUCUCACAGCUUCCCCUGAAUCCAGACAAGGACAAGAUGGGUGGAAGAGUGAUGGACAGAUCACAGUGACCACUCCUGGGCUUCCACAGCUUCCUGUUGAUCCCUCCUGCAAUCCAUCACCACUAACAAAGCACUCAACACACACCUUCGUCAACAAAACAAGAAUACCUGGUGAAUCAACUUCACCUGCGCACUCAAUGAAUUCUUCUUCUUCACCUGCUGACAUCACCACACUGUCACCUGUCUGCUCCCCUCACAGACAGAAGCCACCAAUUGUGCACAAGAAGCCAGAUCUCUCAUUGAGUUCACCCAAAACAAGCAAACCACUCUCUGCCUCAGGAGGAGAGCCAUCCAAUGUUGUGGAUAAUGCAAGGGCUGAUGACACUUUCCGUGGGACUGUUGGUGCCUCAGAGAUCAUGGGUAGCUCAGAGAACCUGAGUAUUAAAGUGGCUCCAAAGACUAUAGAUGAAACCAUAACAACUUUCGAGAACUGCAGUACCUCAGGAACUUGGGGAACCUUGGAGAAUUGCAGCACCUUUGGUAACUCUGGAGUUAGUUCAACCAAGACAAGGGGCGCCCAGCGUGGAGCAACAGACCCCUGUGAUGCUGGGUCAGUACUUGAUGAGAGGACAUUUCACAAGAGGAUGAUGAGGUCAGCACUUGCUGAAGAUGAGGAAGACCAGAAGGAGAGGAUGAGGACGAUGAUGAUGACGACAUCAUCUACCACAAGGAAGAAAGAAAAGGCAAGGAAGAGGAGGAAGAGGAGGCAACUACCAAUGAUGUCAUCCACCUUGGAGCCCUCUCCCUCUUCAUCUUCGUCAUCAUCAUCUUCAUCAUCUUCUUCCUCAUCUGGAGAUGAACGAGAUGUGGGGAAAGAGAGAACAAAGCAGAGGAGUGGGAGGGUGAGGAUGAUCAAAGUGUGUCAUCAAGACACGAGUGACUCUGAAAGCUCCUGCACUCUGAUUGGUCAGAGCAAGUACUCUCUAAACAGUGCGCUGUCCACUGACAGCCUGCAGGGGGAGCUGUCGCUGCCAGACCUCCUGAUACAGGAACCAGAUGAAGAAGAGGUGGGAGCUGACAGGAGAAAUCAGAGAGUGAAAGAGGCCCGUGGACCUCCGGAGGCUGACGUGUUUGUAAGUGUUUCGGCAGAUCAGCUGUUUGUCUCCGGUCGACCACGAACAACGGAGGAUUUAUUCGCCGUCAUCCACAGGUCUAAGAGGAAGUUGCUUGGAAGAAGGGAUUCAGAAGAUGGCAGACAUCAUUCCUCCUCCUCCUCCUCCUCCUCCUCCUCCUCCUCCCCUCCCGUCACUCCCACUGCCUCCCUGUCCGGCCUGAAACCAAAAGUCAAAAGUCGAAGAAGCGAGAGCUUCAAAGCUCUCCUGCUGAGGAAGGGGAGUCGCUCUGACUCGUCUUCUCGUAUCUCAGCUGUCGAGCGGCUGAGCAUCGUCGGAGCUCUUCCCAACCUCCCAACGAGUGUGACGUCACUGCCGACGCCACCUGAACCCACCUUGGACACACAUGAGGUCGACGGCCACCUGUCUCUGGACGUCCCGGUGUCUCCAACGUCUCUGUGCAGUCAGGACUUUGCCUUGAUGUUUGGCUGGAGGCGAAGGGAUCCGACACACGAUCCCUUCUUCUUCCUCUCCGCCCCCUCCAUGCGUCCUCGCGCCCUCACUCCUCCCUGCUCCGCCAGUCGUCGCUUUGCUGCCCGCUGCCGCCUCUAUGCUGCCCCCAUGACAGCCAUCUUUGAAGUAGGAAGUGAGGAGGAGGAGGAAGAAAAAGAAGACGAAGAUGAUGAUGUUUUUAUUGAGUCUCCAGGAAGUGAAGGAGAACUGAGGCCGGGGUCGAUCUAGAUGUCAUAAUUGAUCGAUCAGACAGGAAGUUGAAUUCUUCCCUGAUUGCGGCGACGUCUUCCGAUCCUCAAUGGGUUAAUGGACGUGUUGCACUGCCUCAACAAACUGAACCGGAUCGGACUGUAUAACUGAAUGUACUGCAGCUCUCUCUGAUCAAAGACGCGUCUUUAGUCGCCACACUGACGUGUCAGGAAACUACAGGAGCCUGGAGAGGUCAGUGUGGAGUCACUCAGACUUUUCCUCCAGUUAAUCUCUGGUAAAUUGUCUUUUCCUUUUUUUUUUUUUUACUACUUGAAUAGAAACUGAACAUACAUUCAUAUAUAUCGUCAUGGAAUCAGUUUAAUUUUGAUUUUGUCAUAAAAAGUUUGUUUGCUUGAGAUCGUGGAGGAAAUGUUGAAAUAAAGUAGUUUAAAAUAUUUAAGCUGUUAUAUUUUGAAGACGCUGUAAGAUAAAUUAACUUUGACAAAAUGAUUCUACCGUCGAAAUCCAAUAAGCGAUCAGUGUUGAAUCAAACGGUUCUGAUUUGGGACUGUCCAAAUAUGAUUGAGGUGGGCUGAACCUUAUGGAACCAUCCUGGAGCGGAGAUUGUUGCCAAGCAACGCUACACAUUGCUAAUGUUAGCUAGCAUGCUACCAUUGACAGAAACUUAAAAAAUCUCACCCCAGCGUUGGCCACGUCUUUCCGCUCCUCCAGACUCGUUUAACCUUCCUGUUUUGGUUUCUGCUGCACAAAAUGAUGCGAACCUUCAUUCUGUUUACGUCUGCUUCCCCAUGAGGUCCCAGCACAUCUUCAGCUGUGGUCCACAGGUACACAGGAAUUUUAUGAAAACAGGGUUUUAAAAGUAUCUUGUCUGUCCAGACGAGACUUUUAGCACCAUUGGCGAACAAAUCUCUGUCCAUACAUCACACCUGAAUACGCUGUCAUAAACAGGAAGCAGAUUGUUUACUCUGGUCGGUUGCUUAGUAACAGACAACAGGUGAGGACAGGACCUCAGUCUGCAGAGCGAUGUGUGCUGUUCAUUUGAAAUGUAUUAAUACAGUUGGACAUAACAACACCUGGUGACUGUGGGUGUUUAUUCCUCCAGGUCCGGCUCUGCACCUGAGCCUGGAGGAAUAAACACCCAGAACCAUGUUGUUGAUAAGUCAGCUGCAGUCUACAGCUACACAGAAGUAAAAGUAUAAACUAAAUUAAAUAUCAAUCCAAUCCCUCAAUAAUCUUUGAACAGUCCCUCACAUUGAUCAGUUUUUGAUCAUUAUCAACUUUUCUUUCCAGUUCUUUCUUUUCUUAUGAUUUCAGACUUUUAAAGCUGAGCUGGAAGCUCCUGUUGACAUGUUUUAAUCAAAAGGUUUGUUUCUAUGUUAUUGAUAAUGCUAUUGAUAAGGGAUGUAGUUUGUCCUGUUCUGUAAAUAAUCCUGUUUCCUCUUCUCCCUUCAUCUUGUUGCUGUUUCUUCUUCUUCUUCUUCUUCUUCUUCUUCUUCUUCUUCUUCUUCUUCUUCUUCUUCUUCUUCUCCUCUUCUGUAGCAUUUAUUCUUUCAGCUUCAGUCGGACUGAACGAGUCAAUGAGCCUCAAAUCUGUUCUGUUAUUCUUGAAUUAGCAGAUAGUAGGACAACAUUAACAGACAGAAUAUUUAAUGCUUAAUGGAGAAUUUGAACUUAGGAACAUAAUUAUUGUCUCUGUGCGAAUGUAAGAGGUACUCUAUUAACCAUAAAACUACUAUGAAUUAACUGGAAAUAAGAAAGAAGUCAAGAAAAGAACAGAAAACUGGAUAAAAAGUGUUUUUGUAUGAGUGGAGAAAAGAUGGAACAACUGGAAACGUGUGAAUACAGAAUGUUGUAUGUGACAUGGAAGCAAUAAAGGACAAACUGUCAUUUGUUUA